AUGUCUCUGUCACCCAAAGUACAAAUCUCCUCUCACCCUUUGAUUCUCUCCAAACUUACUCAAUUGAGAUUACAUGAUCUUCCCGCGAAGGACUUCAGAGAAGGUGUAAAGGCUAUCGGAUCUAUGCUUGUUUACGAAGCAUCUCGUUAUCUUCCUCUCGCCGAUGUGCCCAAUCUCGAAUCUCCAGUAGCUCCAUUUACAGGUCAAACGAUCCCACUUAGGAUUGGUCUUUCUCCUAUUUUAAGAGCUGGUAUCGGUCUCACUGAUGCCGCUCUCGAGAUGUUCCCAGAAGCUACAGUACUUCAUCUUGGUUUAUUCAGAGAUAAAGCAUCUCUUCAAGCUAUCGAGUAUUACUCUAAACUCCCAAGUCAAGUGACAGCGGAUAUAGUAUUCCUCCUUGAUCCUUUAAUCGCAACUGGAGGGACAGCUUUGGCAGCUCUGAAUAUGUUAACAGAAUGGGGAUUAUCGCCUUCUCAAAUCAAGAUUAUAUCUGUAUUAGGUUCAAAACAAGGUGUACAACAUGUUUCUGAAGAAUUUCCAGAUGUCGAAAUAUACAUAGGUGCAGUUGACGAUAUCUUGACUGAGAAAGGAUAUAUCUCACCUGGUUUAGGUGAUGCUGGUGAUCGACUGUUCAGUACCGCUCAUUAG